UGAUUUUUUUAACAUCGUGAAUCAGGAAAUUUCACUCGUACAAAGAUCAUAAAAUGCUUGCGCGCAUCUGAGCUCCUUCUCCCAAGCCUGCGGUAAUAUGACUUUAAAAUGACGCCUAACUUAGUGUGGUAACAUGGGCAGUCUUUUCACGGUCAUGACGAUAACUGCACCAAGAGGCUUAGCUCUGCAUGACAACUGACAAAGGCAGGGAGCCGCUCGUGCUGGUGGGUCGUGUCCGCGAGCUGUUAUUCUCUGAGUGUUCGCUGUGUGAGCGUGCAGGACUGGAUUAUACCGAGCGGGUGUGCACGGUACCGGGCGGGUACUAGACAGCAGAGACGGGGGGCGCACUGCAGAGGACUGUCUUUAUUCAUAGCCAAGGGAAGGUGCAGCCGAUCUCUGCUGAAUGAAGGACCCUGGUGUUGGACAGCAAGCUGAUGUCUGUUGCGUUAAGAAAAAGAAAGGACUUGCCAUAGAGGAGGUCUAGUAACGUUGUGGACCAGAACAUGUGCAUUCUACUUCCAUCCCACAGUGGUGUGCCUUAGUCAUGAAUCACACAAUGGUUGCCUGGUUACAGUCUCCGCACUUCUGCUGAAGGAGAGGUGACAACAUACCUAAAACAAGUUUCAUAGUAGGUUUGUUAGAGGGAGACUCAUUAACUCUGAACUGACGGAGAGAAGAGGUGCUGUUUUUCAAUGCCACCACCGUCCGAUAUUGUGAAAGUGGCCAUUGAGUGGCCAGGGGCCAAUGCUCAACUUAUUGAAAUCAAUCAGAAAAAGCCCCUGGCAGUAAUCAUCAGGGAAGUAUGUGAUGGCUGGUCCAUACCAAAUCCCGAAUAUUAUGCCCUUCAGUAUGCCGAUGGAGCUCAGUCGUACAUCACUGAACAGACUCGUGGUGACAUUAAGAAUGGCACAAUCCUCAAACUGGUUGUCUCUCCGUCAAGGGCAGCACGGCAGCUUCUGGAAAGAAUCCAGACAUCGAGCAUGGAGGUUCGAGUGGAAGCUAUGAAGGAACUUGCCAAGCUUGCUGCAGAUAUCACAUUUGCUACUGAGUUUACGAACAUGGAAGGCAUUGGAAUCCUUAUUCGUCUGGUGGAGAAUGGAAACAAGUUAUUAUCUCACUAUGGUGAAAUGUUAGCUUUUACUCUCACUGCUUUUCUGGAACUGAUGGAUCAUGGGAUAGUCUCGUGGGAGGUGAUCUCUACGCCAUUUAUUAAGCAGAUUGCAUCUUUUGUGUGUCAGCCAAUGAUUGAUGUUUCAAUUCUGCAGCGCUCUCUUGCCAUCUUGGAGAUUAUGGUGUUGAACAGCCAAGGUCUGUACCAGCGGGUGGCAGCAGAGAUCACUGUAGGACAGCUUAUCUCUCACCUCCAAGUCUCAAACCAGGAGAUCCAGACAUAUGCAGUUGCUUUGAUCAAUGCUCUCUUUCUGAAGUCACCUGAGGAGAAGAGACAGUUGGAACCUCCAGAUCUGUUGGACCUGCCCUUGACUGAAAUGGCAAAUUCCUUUGCACAGAAGCAUCUUCGCUCUAUUAUACUGAAUCAUGUGAUCCGGGGCAAUCGACCAAUAAAAGCAGAGAUGGCACAUCAGCUUUAUGUACUCCAGGUACUGACAUUUAACCUUCUGGAGGAGAGGAUGAUGACCAAAAUGGACCCAAGUGACCAGGCACAGAGAGAUGUCAUUUUUGAACUACGAAGAAUUGCCUUUGAUGCAGAACUUGAUCCAGGUACGGGAAACACGAGUACAGAGAAACGACGUGCCAUGUACACCAAGGACUACAAAAUGCUGGGCUUCACGAACCAUGUCAACCCAGCUUUGGAUUUCACCAAGACUCCUCCAGGGAUGUUGGCACUGGACAACAUGCUUUAUCUUGCCAAGGUGCACCAGGACACAUAUGUCAGGAUUGUUCUGGAGAAUAGCAGCCGAGAAGACAAACAUGAGUGCCCGUUUGGUCGAAGUGCUAUCGAACUUACUAAGAUGCUGUGUGACAUUCUGCGGGUUGGCGAGUUACCCAGUGAGGGCUGUAAUGAUUAUCACCCAAUGUUCUUCACCCAUGAUCGUUCAUUUGAGGAAUUCUUCUGUAUCUGCAUCCAUUUGCUGAAUAAGACCUGGAAGGAGAUGAGAGCCACAGCAGAAGACUUCAACAAGGUAAUGCAGGUCGUACGAGAACAGAUUGUGAGAGCCCUGUCUACCAAGCCUUAUUCCUUUGAUCAGUUCAAAAGCAAACUGAGAAACCUGAGCUACUCUGAAAUCCUGAAACUACGGCAGUCAGAAAGAAUGAGCCAAGAUGACUUCCAGUCUCCCCCUAUCAUAGAACUGAGAGAGAAGAUUGUACCAGAGAUUAUGGAGCUAAUCAGGCAGCAGCGUCUGAACCGGCUGUGUGAAGGCAGCAGUUUCCGGAAGGUUGGGACCCGCAGACGCCAAGAUAAGUUCUGGCAUUGCCGUCUCUCACUAAACCACAAAGUGCUGCACUAUGGUGACCUGGAAGAGACCCCACAAGGGGAAGUGGCAUUUGAAGCACUACAGGAGAAGAUCCGGGUUGCUGAUAUUAAAGCAGUGGUCUCAGGCAAAGACUGUCCACACAUGAAGGAAAAAAGUGCUCUUAAACAGAAUAAGGAGGUGCUGGAGUUGGCCUUUUCUAUAUUGUAUGAUCCAGAUGAAGCUCUGAACUUCAUAGCACCGAACAAGUAUGAGUAUUGCGUCUGGAUAGAUGGCCUCAGUGCCCUUCUGGGGAAAGACAUGAACAGUGAUCUCACCAGGAGUGACCUGGACACACUUCUCAACAUGGAGAUGAAGCUUCGAUUGCUUGACCUGGAAAACAUACAGAUUCCAGAGGCUCCUCCUCCCAUUCCUAAGGAACCCAGCAGCUAUGACUUUGUGUACCAUUAUGGUUGAUGUUUUGACUCCUUGAUCAAAUUUCAAAUGCACUCAUCCUUUGUAUGUGUAAGAAGAGAUUGAGGGUUUCAGUAUGGAAGUUAUACCUCAGAGGCCCUCAUAUGCAGCUGCAGUUCUUGUAACAUGUAUCAUUCAUAAUAAUAUCCCUGAGGCCCUGACUGGUGAAAUCCCUUAAAAGUAACUCUGUUUCAAGAGAUUGCAGUGUGGAUUCUUCUAACAGACACAUCAGACUCUUUGGAGUCAGGAUGCCUUGCCUAUCCUGAAUGGCAUUUUUACUGGAGAUGUCUCUGGUUAGUAAUCCAAUGUUUACUUAGUAAAAGAAGCCAGGUUUGUUGGAAAAUAAUUUAGUGGUCAGUACUGUAUUGUAACCACAUCUGGGACAGAAUAGUAUUCCGAAGACACAAAGUUAUAAGUAGUGCAUUUAUGGAAAACACCUGUUAGAUAAGCAGGCACUAGUUUUUGUGACAUGGCUUCCUUCUUUUGGUGGUAGAAAGAAGGGUACAUCUCAUGUUGAUGCAGCACUGUGCAUUAAAGCACUGGCACAGAGAAUGAUAUUGCUUUUAUUGGUUUGUUUUGUUUCAGGCUGAUUCAAAAUGGUAUCCAGACUCUGCCUGCAGAAUAUGUAUGGAGUGCUUUAAACAAUGAACCUGUGUAUGUAUGUAUGUAUGUAUGUAUGUAUGUAUGUAUGUAGUGUGUGAUUAUAUUUAUACGUGUGUUUUAGGGGGUGCAGAAACUGCAGAUGCGUAGAGUGGGGUAGUGGAGCGCAGUUUAACAGUAAGCAGAUUCUAUAUUUUUUUGCACAGUGGUACUAUACAGUUGGGGAGCAGACCAAAUGUCUCUGGCUUGUAACAUUUAAUAAUAGUGUACCUCACUAAGAGUAUUUUAUUUUAAGAAAUCUGAAUAUUUUUGGCAAGUUGCAACAUCCACAGAAAUCACAGCAGUCCCACAAAGGAUGGUUGCUGAAUGUAAGGGUUUGUGGUGCUGCAAGAUGUCUGAGAAUUACACUGCCUUCUGCUUACAUUUUGAAACCUCCCAAAAGCUGCUUGGGUGGUAUAGGAGUGUGAAAUAUUUGUGUCACACAUUACCCACUUACUAGUAUUUGGCAGGAUUUCAAUAGAUGUUUACACAUUAAGCCUCAAAGUUACUUAUAGUAGUCAUGAAUGUUUACUGCCAGCCGACAUUACUGAUCUUUGAUUUGUUUGUCCUGCAUUUAUGCAAGUUUCUAACCUCCUUAUCUUUAAAACAAUGGCAAGUUAACAGCUGCAAGAAAAUAAAACGUAAGCAGUUUUUGUAUCAUUCAUCCAAAACUGAUGACUGACAAUGCUGUUGUGGAAUACAGGAGGGAGCGUGGGGAUUAUCUGCAUAUGUUCUGCUAAUUUUUGUUUUUCAGUCAGAAAGUGCAUGAAUCUUAUAUGUGACGAGGCCACUAUAGCAGUACAGGAAAAAAAAAUAACUUUUUUUUAUGCACUCUCUGCUAAGUGGACUUUGAAAGGCAGUAAUCUGAAUUUCUGAAGCUGUAAUGAAUGUGGUACCAGCAGUUCAUACUGACAUUUUUGGGCAUUUAGUAUUAAAUUCAGUGUUUAUUGAUUGUGCAGUGUGUAUAUAAGCAAAUGUCACUAAUACAUGUAUGAAGUAUAUAUUUGUACAAUGAUACUGUAAAUAAAAGUUACAAAACUGUCAAAAUUA